AUGUCUUCAAUUGCUACUCUUGGCGGAGGUUGUUUUUGGUGCUUGGAAGCUAUUUUUCAACGUGUUAGAGGUGUGGAGAAGGUAGUUUCUGGUUAUAUGGGUGGUCAUGUUACUAAUCCAACCUAUAAUCAAGUUUGUAGUGGAAAGAGUGGUCAUGCAGAAGUUGUCCAAAUUACUUUCCAACCAAGUGAAUUGUCAUACAAGGAAUUGUUAAAUGUUUUCUGGCAAUGCCAUGAUCCAACCACAUUGAAUCGUCAAGGUUAUGAUUCAGGUACUCAAUAUAGAUCUGCCAUUUACUAUCAUGAUGAAACUCAACACACCGAUGCAUUGCAAUCAAAAGAAGAAGCUCAAAAGGAUUUUAAAGAUCCUAUCGUGACUGAAAUUACAAAGGCAUCACAGUUUUAUCCUGCUGAAGAUUAUCAUCAAGAUUAUUUCAAUUUAAAUGAAAAUAAGAAUCCGUAUUGUAAAAUGAUUAGAGGAAAGUUGUCCAAGCUUAAUAUGAAAUAGAUUAGAUUUUUAAUUGAUUUAAUCUUCAAGAAUCUAUUUCAAUUAUUAUAAUUAUUAUUUGUAAAUAAACAAUUUAAAGUGAUUUGAAAUUUGGAGUUUCUUCCUCAUAGGAAUCUUCCACCUCUUGGAAACUAUCUGAUGGGGUGAUAUCUAAAUUGACUGCACUAGAGAAUGCUGUUGAUGAAAUGGAUUUAUCUUCUAUUUCAUUACCAUUAUCCAAUUGUUCAUUUUGAUUAUUAGAUGUUGUUGAUUUGUUUUUGGAUCUUGUUUCUGCAUAUCUGUGCCCAAUUACAACAAAUACUCCAACCAAAAUUAAACCAGCUCCAAUUAAAAUCCAAGGUGAAGGUGAUUCUCCAAACGCAAAAACACCAGUUAUUAUUGCGACAAGAGGAGAAAUAGUUGAAUAAACACCAACAAUGGUUGGUGUAAGCAUUUUGGAAGCAAUUGCACUCAAAGAAAAUUGAACAGCUCCAUAAGGAAUCGCAGCAUAAAGGAUACUAAGAAUUGACCGUAAAUCAACUCGUCUAUAAUUAAAGUUAGGGAAAAAGUAGAGUGAGGAAAUAAAGGAAACUGCCAAGCCAAAGAAGAAUGACCAAAAUGUGACAGUCAAAGGAGGAACUCCCUUAUCUAGUAAGGUUUUUUGAGUUACCAAGUAGAGUGAAUAGCUCAUAGUAUUUCCCAAGAGGCAAAUUAAACCAAACAUGAAGGCAACAUUUGAGGGUGUAAC